AUGGAUCUAGCAAAGGAAAAGGGCUCCUCAAGCUGGUUGACGACGUUGCCUCUGGAGGAGCAUGGGUUCUGCCUACACAAAGGCGCGUUUGUAGACGCUCUGGCCCUGAGAUAUGGAUGGUGUCCGCCAAACACUGCUACAAACUGUGUCUGUGGUGCAAAUUUCACUAUCGAACAUGCUCUCUCCUGCCCAAGAGGUGGAUUCCCGUCAAUACGCCACAACGAGAUCAGAGAUCUAACUGCCACCCUAAUGACGGAAGUCUGCAAUGACGUGUGUGUGGAACCGGAUCUCCAACCACUCUCCUCGGAGACCAUGGCAAGACGCACCGCCAUUACGACGGAUAACGCCCGACUAGACAUCGCGGCAAACGGCUUCUGGGGAGGAAGACUGGAGAGAACCUUUGUAGAUGUCAGAGUGUUUAACCCCCACGCACCAUCGAACAGGAACACGAGCCUGGAGCAGUGCUUCAGAAAACACGAACUAGAGAAGAAAAGAGCCUAUGAGCAAAGAGUGAGGGAGGUGGAACAUGCGUCCUUCACCCCCUUAGUGCUCUCCGCAAGUGGGGGGCUAGGAAAAGAAGCAACAGUGUUCUACAAAAGAUUGGCUUCCCUCCUAGCUGAGAAAUGGGACCAACCAUACCACCAGGUCAUAAACUGGCUAAGAUGCUCCCUAUCAUAUAGUCUGCUCAGAUCUGCUAUACAAUGUGUUCGAGGCUCCCGGUCCUCCCGUGGUCGUGCCAUCAAGACCAUCCCACCAAUGGAUUUGGUGUCGGCCGAGGCACACUUAUGCCAAAUGGACUAACAAGUAUAUUUUUCCUUUUUGUAUAAUUUUUGUUUUUGUUUUUCUUGUUGUACUCUUUAUUAUUUUGUCUUGCCUAGAUUAGUACCCUACAUGAGUAACUUUUAUUAAAAAAAAAAAAAAAAAAAAAA